UGCGCAUGAGUACUGCAUAUAUUAUGUGACGUGUACGUGUACAUUGUACAGUACGCGUCUUCACGUAUCACGCACUACACACGUACUGCUUGCAUUGCACUGCAUGAACUGUGAUAGCGUCUAUGCGCUGCAGCUGCACUGAAAAUUCCUUCGACCAGCGUGAAUAGCAUCUGAGAGAUUUCCAAGAUGGGAAGAAAAGAUCCCAACAAGCCCAAGGGGCGUAUGUCGUCUUAUGCGUUCUUCGUCCAGUUCUGUCGCGAGGAGCACAAAGAGCGCAACCCGGGCCAGUCCGUCAACUUCACCCAGUUCUCCAAGAAGUGCGCAGAGAGAUGGAAGACCAUGGAUGAUGGCGAGAAGAAGAGGUUCCUUGAGUGUGCAGACUGUGACAAGAUGCGUUAUGAACGGGAGAUGGCCCGCUACGAUCCACCCAAGGGCACCAAGAAGAGGGGACGCAGAAAGAGAAAGGACCCCAACGCGCCCAAACGCAACCUGUCAACAUUUUUCCUGUACAGCAACGAUGAGCGACCCAAAGUGAAGGCUGUCCACCCUGACUGGGGCAUCGGUAAGAUUGCCCAGGUGUUGGCUGAGCAGUGGAGAAAUGUGUCGGCAUCCCAGCGGGCCAAAUAUGACAAGGCUGCCCUACAGGACAAAGAGCGAUAUGCCAAGGCGAUGGCAGAGUACAAGUCCAAGGCAGUAAAGAAGAAGAGCUCCUCCAGUUCCUCCUCCUCUUCCUCCUCCAGCUCCAGCUCAAGUAGCUCCAGCUCCAGCGAUGAGGAGUAAACCUCAGCACCACCCUAAGAAACCACCGAUUCUCCGGACUAUCACGUCUGAUCAGAACAAACAGCCUUCAAUUUUAUUCAGGACCUCAUUUAGGUUCAUUUCACUCAUCAGUCACAUGCAACGUGUUAACCAUUAGCCUUCUUAAGAUAUGGCAGACCAUAGACUCAAUAUGAGGGGGGGGGGUGCUGGUUAGGAUAAAGUUGUGGGUAGAAUCAUUCACUUUGUCCAAAAGAAGCUCUGCAUUUUGUCCCGGACAUGUGCCUGGGAAAUUUUCAUUGGGAACUUAGUUAACUUACCAAUACUGAUUUGCGGGGAAAAGUUGUUCAGAAUCCUGCAACAUAAACCCGAUACAAUGUCAGCAACUUGUCCGGAACUUGGCCUGGAUAUGAAUUGAGACGAGCAUGAACAGGUCCAGAACACUGUAGUGUAGUCCUUACAUUUAUUAGUGCCAAGUGUAAAAAAAAAAAAAAUGGUCAACUCUAGUCAAGUUCUUUCAACUGAUGAACAUUCUCUUUUUUUGUGUCUUGCUUUCUUCCACCCUCUGAUAUGAUUGUUCACAUUUGUGAUUUCAAAGGGGAGUAAAAACAGACAAAAAAUUGCCUCACUUUUUUUAAUGGUAGAAGGUAUUGAUUGCUGAAAAGGGAAUGGCUAUGUGGAGGCACAGGGGAUUAACAGAAAGGGAAGGAAAUGGCACUGAAGUGUAAAAUGAACUUGACUGGACUUGUCGUUUCAAAAAAAUACUGUUUGCAUUUGUGUGUAUAAUAAGCCGUAUUAUUCCAACUGAUUAUCUUCACUCUGCUGUGUUUAGUGUUUAGAUGCUGCUUUUAAUAUUCGCGAUACAUUUUUAGAGUAAACGUUUGUCCAUGAUUUCCAAAAUGUCUUCUCACUUUAUUUCAAGCAGAGGUGUGUUUUGUCAUUUUAUUUGUAUUUUAAUCGCCCCAGUUGUAGCUAAUACUGAAAUAAAUGUACUUGUUUUCCUUGGAAAGAAUAAUAUUCGGACACCACUUUGUUGGCAGUGUAAAAGGUCUAAAAUCGGAACUGUCUCUCGGUUUGAGAUUUUUUUCCCCCCGAGAUUUGCAAGGGCUGACCAUCAUUCGGGUUAUGUGUGUUGACAUAAGUCAUCACAAGUCAUCACAAGUCAUCACAAGUUAUCACAAUAGACAGUCUGAAGUAUAGUGACCAGCUAUCUAAAUGAAGUAUGACAAAAACAUUCCGUUGUCACAUUUCAUCCCCUGUUACAUGUGAUAGAACUUAUGAUUGGACCUGUGAUGGAUGUGCGAUCGCCUCAGAUCACAACUCAAUCACAACUCUGGUAAUUAACAUCAUGAUAGUUCAACUUAAUUUUACUACAGAAAAGUUGGUAAGAGUAUCUCCAUUUUAUGCACUGUGUAGAUUAUAUUCAAACCAUUGUGAUUUCUAAACAGUGUUUAAGACUAAAAACAAACAAAACAAAACCAAAUUGUUCAGAAGCUUAUUUUGCUGUAUUUUUAAUGAAUGCCAUUGUAUCAAUCGUAAUUAUUCAUUUUCCCAGUAUGUAGCCAUGUUGAGUCAAUUUAUUAAAGCUCAAGUUUUAUUUGUCCAA